AUGGAGCGGCUGCGGGUGGACGCGCAGGCCCUGGAGGAGUACGCGGAGUACCGGCGAAUUGUAGGUGAUGAUGAUGGAGGAAAGCUCUUUACUCCUGAGGAAUAUGAGGAGUACAAAAGAAAAGUAUUACCAGCUCGGCUACAGAACAGGCUGUAUGUGAGCUGGAGAUCACCAACUGGCAUGGACUGUAAGCUUGUGGGACCAGAGACACUGUGCUUUUGCACCCACCGGUAUAAACAGCACAAAACAGACUACGAGGUGCUUCCCAAGGAGCGCCCCAUCAGCGUGCCCUGCAGAGUGAGGCGCUGCCCGUGCCAGUCCUUCCACUUGGUGCCCCUGAACGGCACGCAGCCCGUCCGCUGCCGCUGCAAGCACUUCCCUGACCAGCACAGCGCUGCGCCCGGCUUUCCCUGCAACUCCUGUUCCAAGUGCUCAGGUUUUCAUAGCAGCUUUACCUGUGCAUGUGGUCAGCCAGCUUACGCUCACGAAACCGUUGUGGAAACCAAAGAGGAGCGCCUGGCCCAAGGAAAGCCCGUGGGGCAGGAUGUUCCUUACGCUGCCAUGGGAGGACUGACUGGUUUCAGCUCACUAGCAGAGGGCUACAUGAGGCUGGAUGACAGUGGAAUAGGUGCUCCUUCUGCUGAACUUUUAGAAGCCCCCAUUACUAGCAUGGAUCAUCCAUUUCUAAAAGCAUUUCAGGGGCCUUCGAGCUCCGCUCAAACCAUGCCACAAAUAGCAGGUAGUUCAAGUGCCACAGGGCAAGUUUCUCAUGGAAAACAAUCCGAAGCUGAUGACAUGGCUUACUUUGAAAAACGCUAUCAAGAACGGCUGAAAAUGGAGAAGGCUGCUAAACGGAAAGAGAGGAGUCCAGUGCCAUCAAAGAAGCCAUGAGAUUAAUAAAUAAAUAUUUAUUAUUUGGCACAUUUUUCAUUAUUGCAUUGAGUAUUUUUCUCUGUGCCUACCCACAUAGCUGUAUUUAUUAAUUUAUUUAUUCUGUUCUUUUGUUCCUUUGAUGAAAUUAAUUUUUAAUUAUCUCAUUGUAAUAAAAUUGGUUCUUUAAUCAAUGUGUUUCUAAUCUCCAGAACUGUUACACAGAUAUUUCUUUGGAAAUGGAGAAGAAUAUUUAUAGAGUUGCAGGUCUGAGGGUUUAAGCACUGACAGUGUAAAGUCUGAGAGAAUAACUUUGUAUUCAAGUAUUAGGUUGUAGGAGGGCAAAGAAAAUACAUGUGUUCUACCUAGACUUUUA